UUCACCACCGCGCUCUCUCUAUAUAGAGACACCUUUUCUAAGUGCAAAACCAUUCUACUUCAUUCCAACUUCUCUAUCAGUCUUUUGAUAAUGGAAACUCGAAAAACUCUCUCACCUUCCUUGUUGAUUCUCUUCCUUAUUAUCAUUUCCUUGUGUCACUCAAAUGCACUAUCAAGUGAGGAACACAGUGCUGUGAAGGCUCAUAGAGGACCUGUAGUGCAGAGGGAUCAAAGGAAGAUACUGUUUGACAAUGAAGAUGGAGAAAUCUCUGCCACUAAUGUCAAAGAUGGACAAAACACACCACAUUACCAUCUUCAGUUCUUUACAUUGGAACCUAACUCUGUGUUCCUUCCUGUGCUUCUACAUGCAGCUAUGGUCUUUUAUGUUCAUACAGGGAAUGGAAAGCUGACAUGGUCAAAUGAAGAUGGUACUGGUACAAUGGAUAUACGUGAAGGAGAUGUAGGUAGUCUUGGAGAAGGAUCUGUUUUCUAUAUACACAGCAACUUGGAAUCACAUAGGAAGAAACUGAGGAUAUAUGCAAUGUUUACUAAUACUGAUGAAAGCACUUUUGAUCCAUCUAUUGGUGCUUACUCAAGGAUCAAUGAACUAGUCAAAGGCUUUGAUAAGAAUAUCAUCCAAGCAGCUUUUAAGGUGCCGGAAGAUUUGGCUGAGGCAAUCACAGACAACAGAGAGUCACUAGCAAUAGUGCAUGCAGUUCCAGUGAAGAAGCAUAACAAUGUCUUGGAAUUGGAUAAUUUAUUUGUAAAAUACUUAAGAGGCAUCCAAUCCAACUCCAAGGAGCUCAAAACAUACAACAUCUUAGAUAAUGAUCCUGACUUCAGAGAUGAUCAUGGUUGGACCUCAACAGUGACCAAAAAGCAAGUCAAAGAAUUAAAGCAUCACAACAUUGGAUUUUUCAUGGUGCAUUUGAACCCGGGAUCAAUGUUGGGGCCACAUUGGAAUCCAUUGGCAACAGAAAUAGCAAUGGUGUUGGAAGGGGAAGGUAUGGUAAGAGUAGUAUGUGGAAGCAACAAUGAUCAUGAAUGUGAGAACAAGAGGUUUAGAGUUAAGCAAGGAGAUGUUUUUGUUGUGCCUAGGUUUCAUGUAAUGGCUCAAAUGUCAUUUGAUAAAGGGCCACUUGUUUUUAUGGGAUUCAGCACUGCUGCAAAGAGAAAUCAUCCUCAGUUUUUGGCUGGUAAAGGAUCCGUGCUUGAAAGUCUAGACAAACGGAUAGUUGCUACAUCUUUAGGUGUAAGCAAAGCAGCCAUUGACAAGCUUUUGGAUGAUCCGGUUGAUUCGAUCAUUUUCGGGUGUAGUUCUUGCGCAGAGGAAGAGGAGAGGUUAAUGGAGGUAGAAAAGGAGAAGGAAAGAGAGGAGGAAGAGAAGAGGAGGGAAGAGGAAAAGAGGAGAGAAAAAGAGGAGAGGGAAAGAAGAAGAGAAAAGGAGGAAGAAGAAAGGAGAGAGGAGGAAGAAAGGAAAAUUGAGGAAGAAGAAGCUAGAAGACAACAAGAAGAGAGGGAAAGGAGGAAAGAAGAGAAGGAAGCAAAGAGGGAGGAAGAGGCAAGGAGGGAGCAAGAAGAGAGGGAAAGGAGGAAAGAAGAGAAGGAAGCAAAGAGGGAGGAAGAGGCAAGGAGGGAGAAAGAAGAAGUUAGAAGAGAGAAAGAAAAGGCUAGAAAACAAGAGCAGGAGGAAAGGAAGAGAGAAGAGGAAGCUGAGAGAGAGAGGGAAGAGGCAGAGAGGGAGCAAGAAGCAGCAAGGAAACAAGAGCAGGAGGAGAAGAGGAGAGAAGAGGAAGCCGCGAGAGAAAGGGAAGAGGCAGAGAGGGAAAAAGAAGCAGCAAGAAAACAAAAGAAGGAGGAGAAGAAGAGAGAAGAGGAAGCUGCUAGAGAAAGGGAAGAGGCAGAGAGGGAACAAGAAGCAGCUAGGAGACAAAAGGAGAAGGAGAAGAAGAGAGAAGAGGAAGCUGCUAGAGAAAGGGAAGAGGCAGAGAGGGAACAAGAAGCAGCUAGGAGACAAAAGGAGAAGGAGAAGAAGAGAGAAGAGGAAGCCAUGAGAGAAAGGGAAGAAGCAGAGAGGGAGCAAGAAGCAGCUAGAAAACAAAAGAAGGAAGAGAGGGAAAGAGAAAAGGAAGCAGAAGCAGAAGCUAGAGAAAAAGCUAGAGAACAGAAAGAAAAGAGAGAAGCGGCUAAAAGAGAACAGGAGAAGAGGGAAAGGAAAGAGGAGGAAGAAAUGGAAAUAGAAAGGGAAAAGGAAAGGAAGAGAGAAGAGGAGGAGAGAGAGGAGGAAGAAGCUAGAAGAGAACAAGAGAAGAGGGAAAGGGAAAGAGAAGAGAAGGAAACUAGGAGAAAGGAAGUGAGGAGAAAAAAAGAGACAACAGAAUGGGAAUGGGGAGAUGAAGAAGAAGCAGCCAGAAGGCAGCAAGAAGAAAGGGAGAAGAAAAGAGAGCAAAAGAGUGGGAGUAGCUUUGAAGGAAGAAGAAUUCUGAAGAUUAGUAAGAGUGUGUGAAUUGUGUCUCAACUUUCACUACUUAUAUGAUGUGUAUUAAAAUAAUAACUUGUUUAUGCAUAUGUUUCUCUGUUAUGUUUUCUGGUUGUAUGUUUCAUGAACUUUGUUUGGCACUUAUGUGUAUGUAUUAAUUAGAAUAAGAGCUACUGUUAAGUACUCAUGUAGUCAUGUGUAUUACAAUAAAUAAAAAUCUUCAGUGUUUAACAUUUUAA